GAGUCUCCAGCUGACUGACAUACAUGAGAAAAGCCCCCUGAUCGCUGACAUGUGUGUUGGCAUUUGGAUCGUCACUUUACAUUCGCCCCGCGCUCGGCUGUCUUUUGCCCUCAUAAGACAGUUUUGCCCGGUAGUUCAAGUGCUAACCGGGUAGAAACAUUGUCACCCAAUCCCUUGGGGGGGACCUAUGGCUGCGGCUUAAAUGUUAAGCCUCAAUAGAGCUGCGGUAACAAUGAUCAGCCUCUUGAAUUAGAGCCGCAUACAGAAGAUAUCGUGAAUACUGAGAUUAAAGCCUCAAGCUGUGCUCUUGAAGUAUAUAUAAAUGCAAGAAUCUCCAGACUCGUGGCAUUCCAGAUGUUGAUUAACAAUUCAACCCCUCAGUGGACCGGACAAUGGACUCCAUUUCCGCUUCUUCCCGUGUUGAUCAAUUCCUAGAGGAGAAAAUCAAGUCUAGGACGAACAGUCUCUUUAAAUCCAGGAAUGAUGUUGCUCAGCUAGUAGUUUAUCUGCUUUCUUCGUCAAAGGACUUAUGCGGCAGACGGACAUUGCAAACCAAGCAACCCAUCCCGAUCAAUCACGUCUCCGAACUGAAGCGACUCCAGAAGGAAGAGACCGCGGCUUGCGCACAAGUUUAUACGGUCGCGCAGUUGCGAUCGUGGACGACAUUAAACAUUUCUAGCGAACUUUUCCACUAUCUCUUAGACGCACAAAGCGUCUUCCCAUAUUUCUGGAAGUCAGCUCUCACAUUUGGCAUCAGAGUCGUGGAGAACGAAUAUGCAUUUCCUCCGUUUCGUGCUAAAAGCUCGCAGAGGGUAGAUGACAAGGUUGAUGAGAUUACCUAUGUGAUCCGACGAGUCGAACGUAACCAACGCCCGACGUCUAAAGGGGAGUGUCCCUGGUCAAUUCGCCAGACAGGAGUUUACCACAAAUUGACAUAUCCGCACGAUGGCUCACCAAGCUCGUCGGUUUUUAUUCUGAUUGCCCCCUCCCGUACUGUUGAGAAUGAGGUCUCUCAGUGCUUUCCAGGAAGCUCAUCUGCGGGGGAGGUCAUGACGCCGCACUUCUCUGUUCACGAGAGACUCAUGGCUGAUGGCCUGAGAAGCUGGACGGAUUACAUGGCUUGGUUAGAGUCCGAAUGUAAGCAAAAGGCCGACCGACUGAUUGUCUGGGAUGUCGAAGACCGAGAUAAACACAUGACAUACUUCAAGGUGGAAGACAGACAACGCCUUAAGCAACUGGGAGAUUACAUAACGGAUUUGAUUGUCAUCCUUCGAACUGCUGUAGACACUAUCGGCCGCAUUGGGAAGAGCUGCCAACGACACUGCCAAAUGAGCUGCACUGUCAGAGAUGAUUGUUUCUGUAGUUCCAUGAUCGGAGAAUUUGUUGAAUGUGAAGCAGAAGCCCGCACUUACCUCGAACGGGCAAAUGUGUUACAGGAGCGGGUUCAGUCGACAGAGCAACUGUUAACUGAUCUACUGAGCUUUGAGGAGACUCGAGCCCUGAAACAAUUGGCACGGGCAUCACAUGUGGAGACAAAAGCUUUGAAAGAACUGGCCCAGACUUCUCAGGAGGAAAGCCACCACCUCGCCGAGCUUGCAAAACGGAGUGCAGAAGACGCUGCGGCUGUGAAGAUGCUGAGUCUUGUUGGUCUGGUUUACCUCCCCACCACCAUUGUAGCGAAUUUCUUUUCCACUGAGUUCGUUAAGAUUAAUGAACAGGGAGGUAUAUACAUCUCACCUUGGGUUUGGAUUUUGGCUGUCAUUUCAGUUCCCUUAACAGUAGCUACGGUCUUUCUGUGGAUACUUUCUGUGCGAUAUAGUGACUCGUCUUGGUUCCUGAAGGUGACUAGGAUUCAUCAUCAGCCUGUAUCGCCCAGGGAGGGAGAAGAGACAGACUUGGAACGGGGUAUGUUGCGAGCUCGGACGGAGUUUGAGGUGAAUCAGGGUGCGAUGCCCUUAUUCAGCCUAACGCGCCCGUCCACCUAUGCCACUGCCACCACAAAGGCUGAUUAAACUAGCAAUUUUAACCCUUUGCCCGUUAUUAUGUAACCAAGAUUUUGC